UCGUUCGGCCUCCUUAACUCUAGGCUCUCCUAAUGUACAGAUGUCGUGGUUGGGUUGAAUUAGUGUGAAGCUAGACGGGGGAUUCCAGGGCUUGCUGAACACGUUCUCGACUUAUAACAAGGUGUAGGCUGCCGAAUCUUUUCUGGGAGGCGUGGCCAGCUCUGAAGUGUGAUUCGGCGAUACCGGCGGCGACACCGAUUGUGUUAUAUUAUCAGCCUCAAGUACAUCUUGCAAAUGAGAAAUGUGCACUAUGGUACUGAGCAAACUGAAUGAGGCUAUGAUCAAAAUUGGCGAAAAGCCUACGUACGAGUUAAUAUCAAACGAGGUUGGAACACAAUCAAUCGAAUUCAAGUACCGUGUUAGUUGCCGAACUGUACGCAAUGGUAAAAUUAAAUCUGCCGAGGGCUGUGGCUUGUCCAAGAAGGAAGCAAAACAAAACGCAGCUCAAACCUUUAUGCAGAAUUAUUUGAGUAACUUGAAGAGUGAGAUGUCUGACACUGUACAAUCGCAGUUUUUUCACUCUGAGAAUACUUCGUGCACUGUGAGUCUAAGAGAUUGUAUACUGCACAAUGUAUUAAAGAUACUUUGCAUCGAAUUUCAAAUGGCGGCACCUACGUAUACAGAUGGAUCAGCAUCUGGUCCUUCACAUGCUCCUAGUUUUACGAUAAAGUGUCAAGUUCAUGUAUUUAACACCAAAGGCGACGGUAGUACAAAAAAAGAAGCUAAGUUAAGGGCGUGCAAAAAAAUGAUUGCACAAUUGAUGGAUGAAAAACAGUAUUUCGAAAUUUUUGAGUCCCCACAAUUGACAGAAUCAGCAAGUAGCCGUGAAAUGUAUUGUUUCUCCAGAGAUUUGAAAGUACCGUAUUCGUCAAAACCAAUUGGUGUAUUUGGUAGGCGAAAACAAAGUUCCACAUUAUCUGAACCGCUUCUUGGCAAUGCCAAACUUUCCAGUAAAUUACCUAUCCUUAACGGUAGUUCUUCUACGUUAAAAACUGUAAUUUCCAACAAUCAUCAGAUAUCUGAUUGUGAGAAAAGUAGAGAAAGUUGUUACAAUUUAGACGUGAAUACGAACCUGAUAAAUUUCGAAAAUGCUUCUCUGCAGAAAAGUGUUCCCAUGAAAACUAAAUGUAAGUCCUUCGACUAUUUGUCUUACUGUGUCGAUAACGAAGCUUCAAGUCUGUACGUAGAUAAAUUUAAAGACCUUUUAACUUAUGCAGAAGGAAAAAAGGCAAUAAAAAGAAUGAACGAGACUUUGCAAAGCGUAGAAAAACAGCUGUAUGAUGAGAUACGCAAUACUCUAACAGACUCUGUUUCAACUUUUAAAGAAACUGUAAAGCUUUUUUCUUGCUCGUACACAGUAUCCAUUAGCGCCAAAUCUCCUUUUAUGAUAUUUAAUUGUAAAUCUAACUCUGAGUGUACCGAUCAAAGUAUCAGAAUCGGGUGCUUGGCCAAACUCCUGCAGAAUCGCAUAGAAUAUAUGGAAAAAAGUAUUCAUAUACUUUGAUAGGUACCUGAGUUUAUAUCAAUGAUAUUUUUUUAUCCAUUAUUGAUAUUUUUUUCUACUGUUUUUUUUAGAUACUAUCGUUAAUGCUUUUAUUCGAAUUUCAGUCGACAAAUAAUAUUGACAGUUGGCAGGUAUGCAUCUGUUUAAUUAUAUGAUACAGUACAGAUUAUAGGUAGUAUUUGUACUAUUUUUUAUGUUUCUUUGCGCUCCUUUCUUUAAGAUAAUGCUAUAUUGUGAUAUUAAGAAAAAGAUAUUUCUGUAAAAAUAUUCAACCAGAGGACUUUUAAAAUUAUAAACGUUACGUACUCAGCGAAUUUCCGUUUCCUUAUCUUUGUACAUGUAGCAUGUUUUUAGACAAUAAGCAUGGAAAACUGCAUACCCUUUUGUUACUAAUUUGUAUUAUUAUUCAAGUACAGAUAAGUAUUUCCACUCUGAUCAAAUAUUUUUAAUGAUAGAUGACGGGAAAUUUUAUUAUCCAAUUUGCAAUCAAGUAAUAAUAAUUAAGAUUUCUUACGUGCCUUGAAGCACUUCCAGUGAAAUAAUAAGUGACGAACAUUGAACCGCGAGUCGGUGAAAAUCGAAUAUGAUAAACAGUUGAACAAAACCUUUAAGGUUCAUGGUAAUCAAAAAAAUUCUGUUAAAACACGUACAAUACAAUUAUAUAUGCCCGCACAGCACAUUCGUGUGAUAAUUUAUUUAUUUUUUUUUUCUUAAAAAAAAAUAUUACAUCUGUAACGGUCACGUUUCUGUAAUUAUUUCAGUCGGGUUUUUGUAACAUUGUAGAAACGUCAUAAUGUUCGUACAAUAAAGUAAGAUUUUUCAAUGUUUUUGUAACAAUUCUGUUUUACGCUGGUGUAACAUAUUUAUAAAAUUACCUUGAUAUUUCCCGGGUGAAAAAAAGGAAUAUUUAUAAAAUUUCGACAGAGUGAAUUUGACUUCGAGAUUUUAUAUAUGUAUAAAGUAUUCCAAGUUUUUGACCGUAAAAAAACAGAUUUUUUCGAUUUCAGAGCUCGAACCUUGAAACCUGUGAUCCUUUUGGCAGAAGAUCUAGAUUUAGUAGAAUUUCUAUGGAUUCUUCAUGAUUUAAAAUUAAAUACUGAAUGUAUUCAUUCAAGAAUAAUUAUGGCUAAGCGAGUGAGGCAGGACAAAAAUUUUAAAAGUCGGUGCUUGGCGCACGUGUGUCAUCAUUGUCUUCGUUGGCUAUCGUUUGAGAAACAGUAUUGCUUUCGAGUUGCCGUGCAACUGUGUUUACGCAGAACGCAGAAUAUUUUUGCUAUAUCUAAGAAGUUAAAAUUAUAAUAUUUUUUAUACCAAUCAAUCAAAUCAUUUAGAUUAUCGUACGGAAACGUUACACACACAAUAUGAUAAAAUAUUUAUUACAGAUAUGAAUUUUUUUUAAAUGAUCCACAAAACAAACAGCCUGGUAACCUUAUUUUGGAAAAAUUUGUCUAGCAGUAAUUGGAUGGAAAAUAUUGGUAUAUUGGUCGGUGUUACUGUUUGUACGUCUCUCAACAUUCUUGGAUAGUGACUUGAUUGCGAACCGAGCCAGAGACUUGUUCAAAGAAGUUUUGGGUUGCUAGUUUUAUUAUUAGUUGUAUCAUAUACUGUGAAGUAGUGCAAUUUGGUGGUGAAAAGUAGAUAUGUAGUUGUUAUUUUCUUUGACAACAGAAUUUUAAAAUAGGACUAAAUAGAAUUCAAUUCAUCAUAUGCAAAUCACACGAUUAGUCUUUCAGAACUUAUUACAGAGACAGAAUAUUUUGUUAACAUUUCAGCAAAAAAUGUACAACAAAUCUGCAGUGAUCUAACUCGAGAAGCCAUAUACUUAUCAACAGGUAUAAACAAUUUAUAGGGUGGCUGAAAGAAUGGCCAAAACAAAUGACUCUGAAGACGGACUGUGAAAAAAAAUAUUGUCACAUACUUGCCAAAAAGGAUAAUGUUUAUUGCUAGGGCAGCUGCUGAAAGGCUGAACAAACAUUUACGAGCAGCGAUAUUUUGGAAGAAGACUUCAUACAUCUGCCAACACAGGAGCUGCGACAAUUACGACUGGCAAGUGAGCAGCCGGCUUCAUCGAGACAUAUUGGGAUUAACGAGUAUCAAAGGAUGUUUAAAUAAGGAAGAAAAUGAAGAAAAAAAUUAACGUCUUAUCACAUAAGGUCUUUCAAUAACGGAUAACUGAGAGACGUCAUCCCAGAAAAAGGGACAAACUUAAACAAUUGUCUUUCAAGGGCUCUCAAUCUCGAUUGAGAAGCAAAAUUACAUUACGAUGAUCUUUUUUUUUAUGU